GCCAUCGUGACCCAACGCCGGUGUCCACAUCUCCUCCGCCGUGUUCUCCCUCCCUCUCCAUCGCCAAGGUCGCUGAACGACGGAACGCCAGAAAAAAGUGGGGACGCUGUCAUUCGCCACCUCCACCUCUUUCCUCCGCCGUCACAACCAAAACGCCGAUGCCAUCCUCGGCCAUCCCAAAACCGUCGACCACCGAAUAGCCCGAAGUACCGAGCUUGUCGAGGGGAAGACGCCGGCGGCCGCAUGCCUCUGCACAUGGAGACUGACGGUGCUCGCGACAGCGACAUCGUGGAUCUGCUCUUGUCCGCGGCAGGGCUGCUGCCGGCGGUCGGCCUGAACGGCGGGGCUACGACGGGGAUGGCAUCAGCAUCAUCUGGAUCGGCAAGGAUCGUGUCGCCGGCGAAGAUGGUGGUCAACUGGCGGCGAUGG